AUGCAGUCAUCUCUUCGAGCAGUUGCACCUCUGUGCUUCUUAGUGGUAUAUGCAGCCAGUCAAGCCAACUAUAGUGACAGGGGUAUAAAAUUCUUGGAAUAUUUACAGCUGACCUCUUCGCUAUCGUCUGCCUGCUUCAGGAGCAUAACAAAGAUUAGAGCCUAUCUGCACUCCAAUCACAAUCCGUCGCAAAUUGUUAGUACAUUUAACGACGCUUUUGGACAUGGAAAAUCUAACGAAUUAAUCAGUGAUAGCAGAUUUCAGCAUCGAAUGUUGCUGUGUUUCAAAGUCGCUGGCGAGACGGAUUUCUCAGUCUCCGAAUUUCCAAUGUCCUUUUGCUAUUGCUAUGAUCCGGAACAGUAUGAAUCUGCUGUUUAUACAAUCUGUAUACCGACACCAUGCUUAAAGGAUGAAAAAACAGUCAGAUUAGCUAAACUUUUGAAGGAUUUAGCUAAACUUUUGAAGUCAGAUUAG